AUGGUGCUGGUAAUUGACACCUUUGAGGUUCCCUCGGUGGUAAUAUCUCGAAGGCUCUUCCGGUCUUCGGAGGUUGUGGAGGUGGAGGAGGUGUCGAUGGGGACGAUAAAGAGGGUUCUGACAGCUGGGGGGAUAUACAGCAUUCAUAAGGAGUGUUUUAGCGACGAGGAGAUUAGACAAAUGAAGUACUACUUCAAUGAGGUUGUGGAGGUACUUGGCAAUGUCCAGUACAUCAACAAGAGCAGGAGGGUGGUCAAGUACUAUGCAGUAAUCCGCGGCUCAGAUGGAGUUCCCAUCGACCUGGAUGAGAUUAGGGAGGAAGAAGACGGGAGGGCCUGCGACAAGACUGCAUUUCUCCCGUAUGUCAAGGCUCAGGAGGAGGAGAUUGUCAUUUUUCCGGAUGACGAGGAUUAG